CGGGGAGGGGAGAGUUCGCAUCCUGAGCUCUUCCUGCUGGAGCGGGAGUGGCAGUCCCACAAAGGGCUGAAGCUGGGUGCGGAGCUGUCACCAGCAGAGCCAGGGACCCGGCGAGCUCAGGCUGCAGCCCAGAGCUGGCCAGGGGCAGCCAGCAGGACCCAGUGGGUUGGAACCAGGCUGCAUUGAAGCUCGCCCCAGGCCCUGCCCCAGGCAAGUCCUGCUCAGGUCCCCAGCAGCACCCUCAGGCCUCGUCCCCGGGGGAAGAUGGCCGGGAGCACCUCCAUUGAUGCGGUGAAGAAGAAGAUCCAGACCCUGCAGCAGGUGGCGGACGAGGCAGAGGAGCGCGCGGAGCAGCUGCAGCGGGAGGUGGAUGCUGAGAGACAGGCCAGGGAGCGGGCUGAGUCUGAUGUGGCCUCCCUGAACCGCCGUAUCCAGCUGGUGGAAGAGGAGCUGGACCGAGCCCAGGAGCGCCUGGCCACUGCGCUGCAGAAGCUGGAGGAGGCGGAGAAAGCGGCUGAUGAGAGCGAGAGAGGCAUGAAAGUCAUUGAGAACCGGGCCAUGAAGGAUGAGGAGAAAAUGGAGCUCCAGGAGAUGCAGCUGAAAGAGGCCAAGCACAUAGCUGAGGAGGCCGACCGCAAAUACGAGGAGGUUGCCCGUAAGCUGGUGAUCAUUGAGGGGGAGCUGGAGCGCUCGGAGGAAAGGGCGGAGGUUGCAGAAAGUAAAUGCGGGGACCUAGAGGAAGAGCUGAAAAUUGUCACCAACAACUUGAAGUCCCUGGAGGCCCAGGCCGAUAAGUACUCCACCAAGGAAGAUAAGUACGAGGAGGAGAUCAAGCUGCUAACAGACAAACUGAAGGAGGCUGAGACCCGAGCGGAGUUUGCUGAGCGAUCCGUAGCCAAGCUGGAGAAAACCAUUGACGACUUAGAAGCGCGCUCCCAGCAGGAGGCGGAGAAAAACCGUAUUCUCACUAACGAACUGCGGGUCAUCCUUAACGAACUUAACAACUGAGCCAGCCUCAGCCCAUGCUUAUGUCCCGUAGCCUGUGUCUCUUGGGGUGUUCCAGCCCCAUCGCCCGCCCCCUCCGUUGCCCAGGACAUUCCCUGCAGCCCUGAGUCCUGGGAACAGGCUCCACCAGGCCGGGUGGGCCUGGGCCCUGGGGAGUCCCUGCCCUCUCCCUGCUGCUGGGUACAUGGCACAUGGACCCCACCCACUGGCCUUGCAGUGCAGAGUGACCAGCCUGCUCUGAACAGCUGGAGCCUCCUGCCUCCGGAGCUGGUUGAUUUGCCCAGGGGCAGAGCCUGCUGCCAUCACUACCCCUGUAAUAGCCAGAGCCCCCACCUUCCCCACGGGGGCACUGCUGAGCCGGGGCCAGCUGCCCAGGCUGGGGAGGGAGCGCCCAUGUGAUGGGCUGAGCCACAUGAACCCUGCCUGCUCCCUCCCUAGAGCGUAGAGCUCCCCAAGGGAAGGGGACAGCCAGCCUCCUACCGGCUCUACAGGAACUUCCUAAACCACCCAACUGCUGCAGGCAAAGGCUGUCUGGAGACUGCUCUCACAGGUCCAGCUUCUCCAGCUCCAGGAACUGUCAGGAACAGGGCGGGAGCCCAGCUACUCCGGCCCCAGCCUCUCCCAGCCGGUGCUCUAGGCAGCAGGGCAGCAGCGUUGGUUGCAGGUGACCUCAUGGAAAUACCCGUCCCAGCAAGGGCUCUGGUAGGCAGCAGGACAGAGGCACUGGAAGGGGGAGCUCUCAGCUACUCCACUCCCAGACCCGGUGUCUCCCAGCUGAGGGUAUCAUGGCGAGUCUCAUUCCAGCAGAAGUGCUGUAGGGGACAGCGCAGAAGUGCUGGCUGUGAGCAGGUUCCCCUGUAGCAUGUGCUGUACGCGAAGGCUAGAAGAACUGGCUCCUGCGGUUUCAUUAGUGCUGGUCUCUCUUCCCUCUGUGCUGUCCUCUCUCCUCCUGAGCUGCUGCCUUGCUCCUGCUCUCCAUGGAUCACCGCUCCCCGCUGAGUCUCGGAGCAGCUGGUCAGUGCUAUGCACCUUUCAUCCGCCCAGGUUUUCAUGAGUGGCUGGGCAGGACUCGCUGGGGAUGGACCUGGCUCUGCUGGAAGCACCUGGCUGCGGAAAUGGGGCUGUGCCGUCUGACAGCCCCAUGGGCAGGAGCACCCUGCAGGGAGCACAGGCAGACGCAAUGGGUGUGAAGUUAGGCUGCAAGGAUCUGACUGGUCCAGGCGCCCUACCUGGCCUCUGAGCUAUUGCUGCUCUGUGAGGUCGGGCCGUGUCCCUGGUAGGGCCUUGGCUUGGAGCUGGGGUACGUUAUGGUGCUGUGUGGAAACGCUGUUCCCCAGUGACACUGAAAUGUCCAUUUGUGUGCUUGUGUCUGUGUAUCUGGGUUUGAUCCUGUCUGGCUCGGUCUGUCUGUCCCUGUGCAUGGGCGGGUCUGUCUCCGUGUGUGUGUGUGAUCUGUGUCUGUCUGUGUGGCUGAUCACGUGUGGCUGGCAUCUGCGUCUGUCUGUCUGGAUGUGUGUCUGGAUGUCC